GUCUGUCUUCUCUUUUACUUUCAUAACUGAGUUCUUUCUCUGAACACAUCAGGUCCAAGCUAGGGUUUCCUAGUUUGAUUAGUGAGAAUCUUUUGGAUGCUAAUUUUCUUAUCUCUAUUUGAAUUGCUAUUCUGUUGUAUUUUAUCAUGACAUAGUUGAUUCAAAUUCCUUUUCUAUUAUUUUGGAACCUUUGAUUAAUACCACUGUUCUUGAUUCUUGAUGUCUACACAAUUUAGAUUUGCUUAGUUGUUGCAUUAGGUUAUUCUUGUUACCAUUACUUUCAAUGUAGUAGUUUAGAUUAGUUAGCUUCUUUGUUUGUUAAUUUCCGUGAAUUGAAUUUGCAAAUGUAGCAUAGCUUUAGGUCUCUAUUUCUUCUCUUUGUCCAAAAGUCAAUUCUUAAAUCCCAAUUUUCCUAGAAAACCCCAAGCCAACAAUAAUUGAUCCUAAGACUAUCAUUUUACCGUUUACAUUCGUUGGGAGACGACCCGAGUCAUCUCUAUACUACAUUAGUGUAGAAUGAAUUCAGUCACUUAAUUCUUUUGAUACCCAUUUUGCGACAAAAUUAGGGUUUAUCAAAUUGGCGACGUUGCCAGGGAAUGUAGCGGUGUUUGAUACCUUAAGAUUGUUCUUUUUCUUUUUACAUAAAAAAAUUUUGUUUCAAUUGCUUUCAUGUUCAUAAAUCCAUGUGUUUGAUAUUAUAUGCUCCUGUGUCUUCUGAUUUUAUUUGCUAGUGUUUCAAUGUAAGAGCAGGAAACUUCUUUGACCAUGGAUCCAUAUUAUCAGUACUAUCAGCCUCAGACUUGGUUCUAUCAGCCUGAACAUCAGUACUACCCACCUGUGGAUCAAUCAAACUUUAGGUCCGAGGUUGCACAUAGUCAGUUUACUGACUCAUAUCCAGCAUAUCAAAGCCUACAAGAAGUUCAGAAUGAUUAUAUAGAUAUGCGUAAAAAGAUUCGUGGUAUUCAACAAUUCGAGGAGGAGACAUUGCAUGAAUAUUGGAAGAGAUUCAAGGAACUUUGCUCCAGUUGUCCUCAACAUCAAAUCAGUGAUCAAAUGCUUAUCUUACAUUUUUAUGAUGGGUUGUCGCCAAUUGAUUUGUACAUGGUGGAUAAAGCUAGUGGAGGGCCCUUGAUUGACAAAACUCCUGAUGAAGUUAUGAAACUUUUGGAAAUCAUGGCAGCCAAUCCUCAGCAAUUUAGAAAUGGACAACCGAUUAACUUAAGAGUUGAUGAGACCUUUCCUACAAAUAUUGAGGUGCUUGAGCAGAGGGAUUGUAGUGUCUUUGACAGACCUGAUCUUGAUUUUAUUACUUCACAGGACUCCUCUAGCAUUUCUUGUUAUGAUUCUGUAAUUGUAAGAAUUUCUGACUUUACUGAUACUGUUGUUGUAGAUGUAACUAAUAAUGCAGGUACUGAUGUGGAUGAUGAGGAAAGUGUAGGGGAUUGCAUAGUGGAAGCAAUACUCCAAGAAUCACCUGAACCAGAUGUUGAUGAUGAGAGUGUAGGGACUUGUGCUAUGGAAGCAGAGCCCCAAGAAUCACUUCCCUUAGAUACACCACCUGAGCCAAAGUCUGAGUCAUUACUUGAUGAUGAGGAGGUCACAGUCACCAUUUUAGAACCUCCAGGUACCUUUCAACAUGACAAGGUCGUCGUAGGCUUCCGAAAUGGUUGCUCCAUCUAAACCGCCUCCGACCUCCAGGAAGAAUUUUCAAAGGAAAAAUGUUGGAUGAGGUGGACUUGAUUGCAACUACAAUUAUUCCACUUCCAAUUUGGAUUUUGCUCCUUAGCCGACUUCAACCACCGGGAAUAAAGGAGAGUUCAUUCCUUGCUUUUCUCCUUGUUUUUUCUUUUUGCUUUACACUUUCUUUUACUUUCAUACUUUACAUUUGCAUUUUGUAGUCUACAUAGCAUUUCCUUUUUGAAUAAAAUUCUCCAUGAAAUUAUUCUAGUAAUACUUUUAAGAUGGUAAAAGUUUCUUAAAUUUGAUCAAUUUUAGGUCAUCUUACAUGAUUGAAGUCUCUACUUGCAUGAUAUUGGUUAGUGUGGUGGUGGAUUCUCUUUUGAUUAAUUGAGUUUGAUUGCAGAAAUUACCUAGAGAGGAUUACUUGAAGCCUAUACUCUAUUAUUUUUUUUGUGUGAAAUGCACUCAUGACAAUUGAACUCUAGAACUUACUUUGCUUCUUUUUGAAGUCACAAUAGCAUAUGUAUGCAUGAAAAUGAAGGAUAUUUUUCAUUCUUGUUUCCUCAUAACUCUUUACCUAUUCUUUGAUCUAUAUCCCUUCCAAAAUUCUAGUUGAAAAACUCACUCAACAUUGUUACUUUCCACCAUAUUUGCUUUGCCUUCAUUCUUUUGAGAGUUUGGUUGAAUUCUUGAUGAGUUAGCUUGACCAAGAUGAGGAUAAAGGUUUAGUGUGGGGGAGGAAUGGAAUAUGUAUGAGGAUGUUGGAGGUUUUGGGAGUUUAUAUCUGUAGGAAUUAUAUGGAAAUUGAAUUACGGAUUUUGAAUUUUUCAUUGGAUUGAAUUCUGAAUAAGGAAUUUGAGCUGGAAUUUUUUGUGGAUUCAAAGUUUUGAAGUUGAGAUGUAGCAUAUUAGUGGUUUUUCUCUACCAUGACUUUGUGAUUGAAAACAUAUCAUGCCUAAGAACCUAAUUUCUGAAAUCAGAAUCCUGAAAUAUUGAAGUAUCAAGUUCUGGAGAUCAACAUCAGUUUUGGAAUUUCAUCAACUGUUAAGGAGUUGGUUUCUCAGAAAUUCAUUUCUAUGAUCACUUAAGCUCUUCACUAUGCUAAUGGUUGCUGCUGUUCAAGUAAAGGAAUUGAUACAAAUGCUAAGUUGAAUCUGUAUGCUGAAUGCAGAAAUUGAUGAAAUCUGUUGUGCUGUAACCUGAAUUUCUGAUUUAUGAAAUACCCAAUUCAUGUGCCACAUAUAGCUGUAGAGAAUUAUAGAUUGCUGAAGCUAACUUUACAAACAUAGAGAAACAAAUCUGGAUUUACUGAACAAGAGCCGGAAUGAUUGAAAUUGCAAGGAAUACUGCUGAAGUAAAAUUCUGGCAAACCAAAAUUCAGAUCUGUAAGAAGAGAAAUAGAGAAAGAAUACAAAGUAGCAAGAGGUUGAAGCUGACUAUUAUUUCUUGGAUUUUGAAAUAACAGAGAAGCA